GUUGUCUUGUAGCACUCAAGCCAACAUGAUUUUUAGGGUUACUUCCGGGAUCCGCUAAUGACCAAGUUGUAAGUGUUGCCGUCAAAGGCUCUUAUCUAUGAUUUUAAAACUUUAAAAUAAAAAAAACUUUUCUCUAUAAAAGCCGAGAGGUGCACCGUCAGCUUUGGCUCAAACCAGUCUGGUCAGGACCGUACUUCCUUGUUUAGGAAGUGUGAACCACUGUGAACUUUUGCUUUAACGUUAGCUAACUAUUAGCCGCGGAAGUAACUUAAUUUGGCAAGAUGACACGGAAUGAGCACUUUAAAAUGAUCUUUCAAGUUUUCAAAGACGUGGCUCCUGUCCUCACGAGUGGGAUUCUAACAGUGGUGCUCGUAUCGUGUGUUUUGUUUGGUAUCCAAACAUAUUUCAACUUCACACAGGGUGUCUUCAGUGUUGGUGCCACUGUUUUUCAAUAUGGACACCUCCACAGACUCUUGGCCUACCCUUUUUACCACAAAACCCUCGCUCAGCUUAUCUUGAACAUUAUAGUCCUGGCGUUUCUCAGUGGCAGCGUGGAGAAAGGUGUCGGUACUGUCCGCUUCCUGUUCCUGUUCUUCCUGCUGUCGACCACCACAGGCUUGUUUUACAGCUUCGUGGAUCUUAUGCAGGUUGAUGGCAACCACAGUCACGCAGAGGGGCUGGUUCCUGUGGCCCUUGCAUGUGUGGCUCUAACUACCAUGCACACAAGAAUGACAAAAGGUUUCCUGUGUGGAGUCAGCUUCCCCACCAUGGCUCUGCCCUGGGUGUUCCUCAUAAUCACCACUGCCCUCGUUCCUCACAGUGUGCUCCCCUGUAACGUCAUCGCAAUCCUGGUUGGAGUGAUGUAUGGGAAAGGAUGGCUCUCUCUUAUGGACCUGUCUGAGGCCAGAGCUGGCAUUCUGGAGAAGAUGAUGCCUUUCAGGUUCUUGAGGAGCAUCAGUGGUGCUAUGUUUGUCCCCGCUUCCACAGAAGAGCGGAGGAAGACCCUCCUUCCACAAAUCAAUCCAACACCCGGGUCCUACCCGGUCCAGGCUUAUGCUCCAUUAUCCAGCAUCAAUAGUGCUGAUACCAUGGGCAAGUUUUACGAAGGCUGGCCAAAUUCGAUCAAUGCUCUGUCCAGUCCCACACCACCUAUCAGUCCUCAUCCUCAUGGACAUAGCUCAGCACAUGGCUUUGGACUAACUCAUGGACAUGGUUCAGCACAUGGCUUGGGACUAAGUCACGGACACUGUUCAGAGCAGAGUUUUGGCCACAGUUGCAACCACAACCAUAGUCAUGUUCAGCUAUAGUCAUGGUUAUUUAUUCAAUUGCUUUACAAUUUUCUAACCAUACAGAUAAACCUUUUUCUGUCGAUACUAUAUUUUUGUACCUGCAGCGUCUGUCACUCGAUUGUGUCAUCUACAAUGUCAAAUGCUCGGACACAUUGUUAAUUGAUGGUUUUAUAUUAGGCUUUUACAGUAUUUGUGGAGCGUCUGCCUGCCUUUUUAAUUAAAUGGCAUUUCUCUGAAUGUUUUAAUGUUACGGUGACUUUUGUACAUACAUAUUUUGUACCUUUUGCCCCUCAUUAUUAUUUUUUGAAAUAAAUGUAUUAAACUCACAUACACACAAA